GGGACAGGGGCGGGGACGGAAUCCGACAAGCGCUGCGCGGCGGAGGGGGAACGGAACGAACACGCGCGAGGCGUAGCGAGGCAAUGCGAGGCCGGUCACCCCACGGCAGUGUGUCGCCAAGCGAGUUAUCAAUUUAAAGCGUAUUGUAUUUAUCAUUAAACAUUUUAUAAUCUCAUUCAUGGAAAAUUUCAUAGAAGGUGUACGCCAACAUCCAUGUCUGUGGAACCCUUUGCAUCCAGAGUACAGAGAGAUGAAUGUGAAGGACAAUGCUUGGCGGCGCGUGGUGAAACAUUUCAACAACGAAUCUAUAAUUCCUAACAUACAAGUUGCCAAAAUUGAAUGGAAGAAGCUUCGCGAUAACCACAGAGACGCACUAAAGCGAGCUAAAUUGGGCAAAAAUAAGCUUCUCCCCGCACAUAUUACAACUUGGAAGUACGCUAAGAUAAUGCAGUUUCUCGAGCCACAUAUGAAAUACAGAAUUACUGAAAACAUAGAAAUGGAAAACAUACAGCCCGGAUGCAGUACAAAAAAGACUGAUCAAUGUUUCACAACAGAUGCUGAAGACGAUAUCAAGCCAGUUUGUUCCAAGAAACGACGCCACAUAGAAAAUACAAAUGAAACUCCACAAAACUCAGACGCACUAGAAUCGUUUUAUAAUUGUAUAUUGAAGAGUACGAAAGUGAUGCCUCCUUGGAUGCAAACACAAGUGAAGAAAAAAAUAUUUGCUAUCAUCAUCGAGGCGGAGGAAACGCUCGCGGAACAACACAGCGACGCCACCAACAACCCAAGCCAGGACACUACCGAUAUGACAACUGAACAAAGCGAUAUUGAAGAAAACACGGAGCCCAAAAUAAAAAUUGAAGUGUGCUCGGAUGAUGUUUAAUACUGCGAAGAGGAAGACGUGUACUUUCAGCAUAAUUAGCUAAAGGUUUAAAUAUAGGUGAUUUAAACCUGUCAAUGAGGAGACAAAUGUAUUCUGAGACAUUAAAGAAGUACCUUGUAAAUACGGAGGUAUGGUGGACAUCUCACCAAUGGUCAUGUUUAGAAAGGGAUUGACGCGUUUUUUGCGCUCCAACGUGUGCACUGUUUGAUACUUGUAACUAUCUGAACUAUGGACUGCAGUUUGAAUGUCGUGCUGUAGUCGGCUCUGUAAAAAUAUGUAUGAUAUACUGGUUAAUGAAGAACUAUUAAUGUAUAAAUAAUACGCAUAAAAUGCCAAAUGAACCUGAAAAAGUUUUUUUACUUUAUAAAGUCACUAAGCCCAUUUAUCAGCCAUUCAAACUUUCGAAGUCCUUUACAGUAACUAUCCUAACACGCUUGAAAACUAAGGGAAAGUAGCUACAACCGACUGCAAUGCAUCAAUACCUACGUUUUUGUUCUUUUUGCGUAAGACGUGUUCAUCAUCUACAUUUGAUAAUAUCCCGCUCACAGUCUGAAAUAAUCAUUUAAUUUAGACAUACAUUAGGUACAUUCAAUUCCUUAUGAGGAUUUUUAUUGAGCACAUUUAGUCCAAAAAUAGUUUGUGGAACGUGGUAGCAACAAUAAAUAUUACAUAAUGAGGUUUAUAUAUAAAGUCGUAGAGCGCAAUGUCGGAGACCACGGUUACUCUAAAUUUUAUCAUCGACGAGUUGGUACUGUCUAAAUUAAAUUAAUAAAAGCAUGCAAUCCAUAAACGGAUUAAAUGAAAACCCUUACAUCUAUCCUAUGUAUCUUGUAUGCCUGAACCGGCGCCUCCCGACGAAGUCGCAGUACGAAGGGGUCAAGUAAACGCACGCGCUUUCUUUUUGAACCAUCGAAUACGUGCUCUAUUGGUAUAUAUUCAUCGCCUGAACUCGUCUAAAAUUCACACUUAUGUACUAAGCAUUUACUGACCUUUAUUUCACUAUUAAAAAAAGUAAUGACUAUCAAAUUAGAAAGCUUAUUUUAAGGUCAUCACUUAUCAUAUCCAUAGGUAGCUUAUGAAUGUGUUCCAAUGACCAUAUGUAACACAUAUAAACUUAAAAACUAACUCCAGGUUCACUUGUCAUUUUUACAGUGAGAGCCAAUUUCUUUUUACAUUCACGUAAAUUGUUAUGUUUGAAAAGUUCCUCGCGUUGAAAUCGGGCGUUGUCGCUGUCGUCAGAUGUACCUUUUCUGUUCUGUGAAUAAGGUUGUUUUAAGCAUUAAAAGAAAAUGUGAUUCAAUGUGACAUUAAACGAAUUUAUGGAUGCCAGGGUAUUUAACUUAAAUUCACAUAACAUUUAUUAUAUAGUAACCAGGGUGCACGAAGACUUUCCCUAACGAUUUGCAAAGGACUCUUUCGCGCCUUAAGCUGCGCCGUAUUUCGCAUCCAGCGACGGUGUGCAAAGUUAUAAAACAUGCAUCGCACUGAUAAGUGCACUAUAAACUUACGUUAGGCUCACAAUCAAUGAAUACAGCCCUAACUUCGACUUGAGAUCUCUGAGCAUCUAUCUCGCAAUUUAAUACAGACAGUAAGAAUCCGUACAGUAAUAUCC